CUCACGGAAGUGACGCAAGGACUUCCGCCGCCGUCAAGGGCAUAGAAAACCGAAGUCCUAACCGAGUUGCCGCUGUCCACACGUGUGUUUGCAGUACUAUUUACUUUCACAUCCGUAAGAAAUGGAAGGUUUUGGGUCAGACUUUUCAGCAGGGGGCUCCGGCGAUAAAUUGGAUGCCAACACCAUUAUGGAGCAGGUCAAGGUCCAGAUCGCCGUGGCUAAUGCUCAGGAGCUGCUGAAGAGAGUGACAGACAAAUGCUUCAAGAAGUGCAUAAGUAGACCGGGAAAUUCACUGGACAACUCUGAGCAGAAAUGUCUCGCCAUGUGUAUGGAUCGAUAUAUGGAUACCUGGAACACAGUCUCUAAAACCUAUAACUCCAGAUUACAGAAGGAAAGAUCUCACAUGUGAAGCCCCCUCCCCCCCCGCCUCCUUCACUCAUUCCCUCCUCACACCUGCAGCUGAGUGUGCGGGGGAAACACAGCUGUCUACCUGAGCCACAAUGGUCACGAGCGGUGGACGAGUGCGUCGAGACCGCGGUCGUUUGUCAUCGUACCUCAGAGAGGAGCUAAGAGAGCCCGUGGACUCCAGCCAUAACACUGUUGCAGGAUAUUGUCAUUACUAUGCUGUGAGGAAUACUUCACUGGUCACAUUUGGUCAUUUAUGGUUUUAUGUCAAAGAAGAAAUUACAUUUCUGUAAAAUGUGUAAAUAAACACUGCUAAACGCUGCAGAGUGGACACACGUUAUUAGUUAUGAACUCAGUAUAUCCUCCUCUGUAGGUGAACACACGUGUGAAUGUGUUUAUCUGUACAUCUCAGCAUUUUUUCUGUUGCAUUCUGGGAUAUGCUCAAACCCCUGGUAUUCAUUAAACGCUAAUUAUAAAAUAAAUGUUAAGUAAAACAUGCCAGUUCUAAAUUUGUCAACUGCAGCACCAGAGGAUGUUUGAACACGGCAAAAAUAAGAUCUGUACAGUCAUCUGGACCUAGAGAAAAAAAAAAA